CAUCGCAGCAGUACACACCCAGAGCUGAGGGGCUGAAAGUGAGGUGGAGUUGAAAAAUGUACUGCUAAUUUAAUAGCGAUUUUGGGCAAAAUAUUGUGUGGCGCAUCGCUUGCUAUGAAAAAAGUUCAAAACUAAAUACGAGUAGUACCCGAGCUCUAAUGUAAUUUGCAGAAAAUUGGAUAUUCAUGUGAAACUAGUUCGUGCCAACUAAUGGAAUCGACAAUGGACAGGUCAUCUCCGUUCCGAUUCCCACAUUUUGCUGCGCAGCGGAGUAAUGCCAGUGUUUUGGAUAAGGUAACACCCGACAUGGCCAACCUCAUCAACCCAUACUGGAGUAAAUUCCCCCCUAUGGACUCAACAAUGAGUCAAAUUUUGGGUAUUUUCACACUGAUUCUCCUACUCAUCUCGUCCUGUGGCAAUGGCGUUGUGGUUUACAUAUUUGGUGGUACUAAAUCGCUGCGCACCCCCGCCAACCUCCUCGUGUUAAAUUUAGCUUUUUCCGACUUCUGCAUGAUGGUGUCGCAAGCGCCCGUUAUGAUCAUCAACUUUUACUAUGAGACUUGGAUACUGGGACCGCUGUGGUGUGACAUCUAUGCCAUAUGCGGCUCUAUGUUUGGUUGUGUGUCCAUUUGGUCGAUGUGUAUGAUUGCGCUGGAUCGUUACAAUGUAAUAGUAAAGGGUGUGUCUGGUCGGCCAAUGACGGUUAAAUUGGCGCUCGUGAAAAUCAUUGGCAUUUGGACGUUCGCAACAUUUUGGACACUGGCACCACUACUGGGUUGGAGCAGAUAUGUGCCCGAAGGCAAUUUAACAGCCUGCAGCAUAGACUACAUGACGCGCGACUGGAAUCCGCGCUCCUAUCUACUCACCUACUCGUUGCUUGUCUACUUCACGCCUCUCUUUCUCAUUUGCUACUCCUACUGGUUUAUUAUUGCCGCUGUAGCAGCUCACGAAAAGGCAAUGCGCGAACAGGCGAAAAAAAUGAAUGUUAAGUCGUUGCGCUCCUCGGAGGAUUGCGACAAGAGCGCCGAGGCAAAAUUGGCUAAAGUCGCACUGACCACAAUCUCCUUGUGGUUUUUGGCAUGGACACCUUAUUUGAUCAUUUGCUAUUGUGGCCUGUUCGAGGUGGACGGCCUAACGCCGUUGAAUACCAUUUGGGGUGCGACAUUCGCCAAAACGAGCGCUGUUUAUAAUCCAAUUGUGUAUGGGAUCAGUCAUCCCAAAUACCGUUUGGUGCUGAAAGAGAAAUGUCCGUGUUGUGUUUUUGGUUCAACAGAACAGCCCAAGCCAGACGCGCCAGUAUCGGAAGGUCAAUGCACGACAGAGGCUGAGUCAAAUGCUUAGUAAGGAGAAAUAAAUAAAUAAUUUAUUUUAAUUUGUUCCUGCUUCAUAGUUCCUUGAGGUUUUAAAAGUUAAAUGUAAAAAAAAUUAAAAUUCAAAAAAAUACAAUACAACGCAGACGAGCUAAUAAAUUAGCCACAAAAAUUGAAAAAAUG